AUGAGAAGGGUUGGUAGUACCGCUGAUAUUUGCAACAAUUAUGAUAUCAAAUGUUAUAGCAAAAAUAUAAGUACGAGUAACCUUUCUCCUCACUUACUUAAUGUGCAUAAAAUAUCAGAAAAAACUAAUAAUAAUAAAUCCAUUCAAACUCUAAAAAUGUUUCUAAAGCCAACGCCAACAUGUAGCAAGAAUAUAAAAGAUAAAAAAUGGCUCUUAGGGCGAAAUUAUGUUUUGAUGUGCUGCUUAGAUUUAUUGCCAUUUGAUUCUAUAAGCAAUAAUGGGAUGACAGAUUUUCUAAAGAAAUAUAAGAUAAUUGAUUCCUCGUCAGAAUUGCCUAAUAGGACAACUAUUAGUCGGGGAGCACUUGAUGAUGUUUAUUGUUCUAUAAAGGCACAUGUUUUAAACCUGAUUGAUGCUGGUCCAAAAUUCUGUUCCAUUACUUUUGAUUUAUGGAACGAUCAUUUCAAGCGGCGAAAUUAUAUUAUAUUUAGUCUUCAUCAUUUAGAUGAAAAUUUUGAUUUAAAAUAUUUUACCCUGGCAACCCGAAAUGUGACUCAAAAGCAUACUGGGGAAAACAUAUUAUCGGAGAUUGAUGGUAUCGAAGAGGAGUUUCAUUUAAAAGCCAAAAUAAUACAAAUGGUAACUGAUGCAGGGGCAAAUGUCAAAAGAAGCGUCAGAUUGGGGGAUUAUGAGCAUCAUUUAUGCUUAGGCCAUGGACUACAUAAUUUGGUUACAGUUGAUGGCAUAAAAAAAGUUGCCAGAAUUGAUAAUCUCCUUAAAAAAAUUAGAGAAAUUAUUUCAGUCCCCAGAUAUCGAGUAGCUGAUUUGGAAUGUGAAAUUGAAGAUGAGCAUCGUAAAUGUCUCCAGUCAAUUUAUGAGACAGGUCAUAUCUUGGAUAUUGAUGAUUCUGAUCCAUACCUUGAUGACCAUUUUGAUAACGAAGCGGGUAAUAGAAAUGUCAUUACACCAACCAAUCUAUAUAAUACAAAAACGUUAAAAUUAAAUUGCCCUACCCGCUGGCACAGCAUAUUAAUUAUGCUAGAAAGUGUUCGUAGCGUGAACAAAAAUCCUAUUAAUAAUGUUUUGAAUAAAAUAGGAAAACAAUGUUUAAAACUUUUUAAUAAUGAAUGGGAUAUGAUUGACGAGCUUUAUGCCGUAUUAAUUCCAUUCCGAGAGUCGAUGGAAUUUCUUUCCUCACAAAAGGGAUCGACUAUAAAUUUAGGGUUAUUAUUUCGCAGUGAAAUAGAAACCCACAUACAGAUCAAUAUAUCUGAUUCCUCAGAUAUUAUUUGUUUAAAAGAAAAUAUGCAAAAAAAGCUUGACCAUAGGUUUCCCAUUACUGAACUUCAAAAAUUUAAACUUUUAGAAAAUGAUAAAAAUGCACAAAGUGAAAUCCAAGUUGAAGAUAAUGGGGAGACUUCCAGUUCUUAUAUCGCCAAAAUAGCUCGUAAACAUUCCAUUCCAGGCAGUGAUUAUAACAAUAUAAGUAAUUUAGAACAAGAAUGCCAUAUUUUGUUAAGCCAAAAUAAUAUCCCAGAAGAGGAUGCAUUAACCUUUUGGAAGAAAAAGCAACUGGAACUUCCUAGGCUUGCUAAUUUAUCUAGGAAGGUUCUUUGUAUACCUGCAACCAGUACACCCAGCGAAAGAAUUUUUUCCAUUGCUGGAUUAAUACUCAAUGCAAAAAGGACUUCUUUAUGUCCCACCAAUCUUAAUAAAAUUCUAUUUAUUCAUGAUAAUUAUAAUUUAGCUAAAUCUGAAUUCUGA